AUGACCCCCACUGCGGCCCCCAAGGUCAAGGCCUUGGGGCUAGCUGAGGGGCUGCUGCCCUCUGAAGAGCUCAUUACCCACCACUGGAGAGGCAGCAGCAGCAGCAGCAGCAGCAGCGCGCAGCACAACCUCAGGAAGCCCGGGCAGCAGCAAAGGACUCAGGCGCCCUUCGCCUCUCUCUGGAGCCAAAUCAGCACCAUUCCCUGA